AUGGCACCUUCGCUGCAGAUUCCUCCCCCCAUGCCAGCAGCCUGGCCUCCCAUCGACCAACAACACUUCAUCCCGGACUCGUUCUUGCAGGACCCACUUGUCCAAGACGCCUGGGCCUAUGUGCAAUCGGUUGUGCCGGCCAAUGUCCUCAACAUCGCCGUGUCCACAUACAUCAAUGGGCCCACGGUAACCUACAACUCUGAUCCCGUUGCCAAUUGCUACUGGCCCUACAACCUGUGCAUGCGCACUACUGCCACCCAGUACUACCAACCCGAUGUCUUCCAGUGCCCCCAACAGAGUACCUGGGGCCUUGCCUUUGAUGACGGGCCCACCAAUGAUACUCUCAAUCACUACGACUCCAUUGCCAUCCGCCAACAACUCGACAAGAUGAAGAUCAAGGCCACCUUCUUCAUCGUCGGCACCAACCUCAUCAUGAGACCCAAUAUCGUCCUCGAUGAGUACAACGACGGCCACCAGAUCGGCGUUCACACCUGGACACACCACCCUCUGACUGCCUGCACCAACGAGCAGAUCGUGGCCGAGAUCAAGUACACGGAAGCCCUGAUCUACAACACCACCGGCCAGGUUCCCAACUUUUUCCGCCCUCCCUAUGGCGACAUCGACGAUCGAGUGCGCGCCGUCCUCAACGCCCUCGGCUACACGAUCACCGUCUGGAGCAAAGACGAUUUUGCUGCCGAUCAAUCCUCAACCUCAUCCACAAUCGAGCAGGGUCUCGUUCAGAACGUGACAACCGAAUGGUUUGCCCCCAACCAGCCUGGCUUUGUCUCCCUCAGCCAUGACAUCACCCCAUUCACUAGCCACGUCGUUCUCGACUACCUCACGUAUGUCGACCAGAACCGCGCCAAUAUUCAUCUCACCAUCGAGCCUGUGGGUACAUGUGUGAACAAGCCCUGGUACCGCAGCGGCACCAACGCUCCAGGCGGCUCUCCAAGCGGCUCUCCCAACACCAGCCCCUCAGGCAGUGCACCUGGCAGCAGCGCUUCGGCCAGCAGCAGCCCCUCUGCUGGAUCUGGCAACUUGAACAGAUCCAGUGCCGUCCGAGUAGGAGGAUCCGUCGCUCAACUUUUUAUGACUGCCGUCGGCAGCGCCCUUGCUGGCCUGAUUAUUGCUAUGUUCUAACAAGGGUUGACUUUCAAAUUGCGGUGGGGCGGGGGGAGGCUCGAAGAGCAGGUAAAAGUGCGUAUGUCCUCAUAAUGGCCAAGCAAACACGAUUCGGGCGAGAUCGAGCACCAUUUGGGAGACUUUUC